AUGGUUUGUCUUACAACGUCCUUGCUGCUCAGCAGCGCUUUCACUGCUGUCUCCGCCUACAUCAAAUACUCGACUGUGACAGGCUACUUCCUGCAAGACGACAACUCGACCAAUGCCACCACGUUUGACUACACCGCCACCAACUUUGGCCUCAUCAACCAAAGCUACCCAACCGAUCCCUCCGACGCUGCCUCGUUGACCCAAUGGCAGCGGUUCGCCCUGGUCAUUGCCAAUCUGACCAAGACCGCGCCCUCUAAUGUGCAAUACAAACUGCUUUUUAUGGGCCGACAUGGCGAAGGCUGGCACAACGCCGCCGAAUCUUACUACGGCACUCCCGCCUGGAACUGCUACUGGUCCCUUCUCGACGGCAACGCCACAGCGACAUGGGACGACGCCCACUUGACGAACAACGGGAUUGCUCAAGCCCUUGUCGCCAACAAGUUCUGGCUGUCUCGCAUUCAAGAACAGAAGAUCCCGACGCCGCAGAAGUACUAUGUUUCGCCCUUGUACCGGUGCCUGUCGACCGCGAAUCUGACCUUCUCUGGCCUCCCACUGCCACCAAAUGAACCCUUCAUCCCGACCAUCAAAGCCCUGCUGAGAGAGUCCAUCUCCGAGCAUACUUGCGACCGCCGCUCCAACAAGACAUUCAUCCACUCCCAGUUCCCUACGUACAAGUUCGAGCCCGGCUUCCCGGAGACGGAUCAGCUCUGGACCGGCGUCACAGCAGAGACCGACUCGGCCCAAGACGCGAGAUCCCUGACAUUGCUCAACAACAUCUUCUCGACGGACAAUUCGACCUACCUGUCGUUCACCUCGCACUCUGGAGAGCUCGGCUCGAUUUUGAGAGUGGUCGGGCACCGAGACUUUUCUCUCAACACGGGUGCCGUCAUCCCAGUGCUGGUCAAGGCCGAGACGAUCGCAGGAGUGAGCACGAUCUCCACACAAGCUUGGACGCCCAGCCCGCACUGCACGGUGCCGCCCGUCACCAGUAUUAGUACGGCCACGAACGGAGGGUGUGUCUGUCCGAACAGUGCGGCGCCGGUGACGACGACGUUGCCUCCAUUUCCGGCGAGCACUUGA